UAUAACAAGUAACAGUGAAAGGCACGAUGAAAGAGAAACGAAAUAAACAGCGAACGAUUCAGUCACGCAUCUAUUUAGUUAUUAUGCGCAAUUGUGUUUUGUGUUUUGCUAGUACUAAUAAUUUGUUGCAACUUUUUAUUGAAAGUAUCUCAAAAAACAGGCUGGUCGCUUUUACAACGUUACAGAAGGAUUUUAAUCCAGUGGAUGUAAAAACCGGCAAGUACGGGCAACACAUCCAUAUAUGGCAGUGGUCCACAGGCAAACUCCUGCAGAGCAUCGAUCUUGGUCCUGAAGGGUAUAUGCCACUCGCGGUACGAUUUCUUCAUAAUUCUGAAGCCGUCAAAGGAUAUGUGGGAUGUGCGCUAUCGAGCACGAUUUGGCGUUUCUUCAAGUCCGCUAACACGUGGAAUGUCGAAAAGUACCGGCUUUGUAUUUUGCUAUUUAAAUUACCUAGUAUUCAGGUAAUUGAUUGGCCAGCUAUACGUGUACGAAGUUGGAUCUUAGAAGAUAUGCCUCUUCUAAUCACGGAUAUCCUGAUUUCAUUGGGUGACCAUUUCUUAUAUGUCUCUUGCUGGCUGACUGGAGAAGUACGCCAGUACAACAUUCAAAAGAUAAAUUUUCCUAACCUUACUGCAAUCCAAUUAGUCGCAGCUAUAACUAAAGUAUAUCAUCUAUAUCGGUUUGUGACGGACGUAACUCGCUCGGACGGUCAACCAAAUCCGAUUUACUCCACCGUGCGCGGCAAAAAAGUCCGAGAGGGUCCCCAAAUAAUGCAGCUCUCGCUGGACGGUAAGCGAUUCUACAUGACGACUUCACUGUUGUUCGCUUGGGAUUUCCAAUUUUAUCCGGAUAUGAUUCAGAGUGGUGACAUGAGCAUCAUGCUUGACGCAGAUACAAAAAAAGUAGGCUGGAUCAAUAAGCAUUUUCUCGUGGAUUUCAGAGACGAACCUGGCGGACCGAUUGUCGCCCAUGAGAUCCGUUAUCCCGGUGGAGAUUGCACGUCGGACAUAUUUCCUUAG